AUGUCCACAGGAGGAGGAGGAGCCCUGUCUGGCCGCCUGGCCAUAGUGACUGGCGGAGGAGGAGGCAUCGGUGGCGCCGUCUGUCAGCUGCUGGCGGAGAAAGGAGCCCGCGUGGUGGUCGCCGGACGCACGCUGGAAGCGGCGGAAGCUGUGGCCGUGGCGCUGCCAGGUUGCCUCGAUCACCGAGCCAUGCAAGUGGACGUUGGUGACGCAGCCUCGGUAGAGCGCCUAUUUGACGCCGUGAAGACGUUCAGCCCAGUGACCGCCAAUAUUCUGGUCAACUGCGUCGGCUAUGUGGACUUAGAGACACCGACGGCUGUCGAUAUGAACGAGGACAGCUUCGACCGCACGGUUCGGGUAAAUCUCAAGGGCCCGUUCCUGACCAGUCGAGCUGCGGCUCGUGCCAUGCUACAAGCCGGGGUCACGGAUGGAGCAAUUGUCAACGUGUCGAGCCGUGCUGCUAACGAUGCCAUGCCACGUUUUUCGGUAUACGCUGCCUGCAAAGCCGCGAUCGUGUCCUUCACGCGCUGUAUGGCGGCCGAGCUAGCUUCGCGGGGCAUCCGCUGCAAUUGCGUGAUGCCCGGACUUACGGAUUCGCCGCCCGUGCUCAGCAUGCGCGAUGAAAUGCGCAACGCCCUGUGUGCAAGCAUCCCCCUCGGUCGACCAGCCACCACCAGAGAAAUCGCAGAAGUCGUCGUGUUCCUCUGCUCUGAGGAGAGCUCAUACGUGGUGGGCGCCGCUUGGAUUGUGGCCGGAGGGAAGCAGUAGACGAGCCACUAGCAAGAGUCCUCUGGGGAGGUUGAUACAAGGGGUGUGGUAGCUAAUGUCAGUAUGCAUCUGAAAUAAUAAAUGCUACUACA